GUGAAGUAUGAAGUUGGGGAUCUUGUUUGGGCCAAGUUCAACAGACGCCCAUGGUGGCCAUGCACAAUUUGUCAUGACCCAGUGCUGGACUGUCACUCAAAAAUGAAAGUUUCCAAUCGGAGACCGUAUCGAGAGUACUAUGUGGAUGCCUUAGGAGAACCUUCAGAGAAAACCUGGGUUUCUGGGAAGGCUAUUGUCCUCUUUGAAGGAAGACAUCAAUUUGAAGAGCUGCCUGUUCUUCGGAGAAGAGGAAAGCAAAAGGAAAAAGGCUACAAACAUAAGGUUCCUCAAAGAUUUAUGGCUAAAUGGGAAGUCAGUGUUGGACAGGCAGAAGACAUUCUUCUCGGGGGGCCAGAGGAUCAGAAGUGCAGCCAGAACUCCAGCGAGCUGGACAGCGAGAAGGAAGUGCGGUCAGAAUACUAUUCCAAUGGCCCUGGAGCAGAAAGGGACAGGCAGUUGAAUGGAUGUUUUAAAUCCUUGGCGUUUGAGUCCAGACAUCCGGCCAGUGAAAAAGGAAAAUUGCACAUUAAGCCACAUGGGAAAAAAAGCUCUGACAGCAGAAAAAGGACUAGAGUAAAAAAGAGUGGCACAAGAGGGGAAGCAUCUAGGGGAGAAAUCAAAGAAAAAACACCAGACAGCAUAGUUAGAAACAUGAUUAUUGGGGACCUACCAGGUAAACAUGCAUCUCAUGAACUUCGCCGUAUUGCCAACAGCCUAACAGCAUCCAGUAGCACCAGGGAAAACCAUUUACUUUCCUCCUUUGGAGAAAGACGUUUUGAAAAGACAACUUUGAAACCAGACUAUGAGAAUCGUAAAAGUGAUGCUCUGAAGAACACUUUCCAAGGGGAUUUGUUUUCCAGCGCAUCUUUGGAGAGAGAGAAGAGCUCCCUGGGCAUUUUGUGCAGCUCCAAAUUACAAAUACACUAUUCUGCAUCUGAUGCUGGUAUUGAGAAAAAGCAAACUGAAUCAGAUUCAUCCUCUUCCCUCUCAGAUGGUGGGAACAGUGAUGUAGAUACCAUGGACCAAAGUUCAGAGAGAGCCUCUAGUGCUCUUGAAGUUAGUGAUUCUUCAGAUAAGAUGGAGAAGGAAUUUCCUAUGACGUCAAGUGGAAACAUUAAGCUUUCCAUGUAUCUUUCUCAGAAGAGCAACAGAAGGGCCAGGAAGAAGUCAUACAGAGAUCGCAAACCUCUGGGAGGUUCAGUAACCAGCAGACUUGAUGCUGAAUUUGCAGAUGGGGAGCUUGAAGUAGGCUUCUCUGAUGCUGAGAUGUCAUUGACAGCUCUUGAGUGCUCUUCAGAUGUGAGAAAUGACAAUCUUUCCCUAGCAAACAAGCACACUACUCCCCAAAGUGUUUCCAAGGACAGCUCCUGGCCUGCUGUUGCAAAUCAAGCAAUCUUAAAACCGAAAAGCAUGAAAUUGCCCCGAAUCAGGAGUAUAAAAUGCAAACAUAAAGAAAAAGUUGGUGGCUUGGAGCCUCCUCUUGCAGAAGAAGAGGGUGGCAUGAAUCGCUGCUCUUCUGAUACCAAAGGUUUCUCUGGCCUUCAGAGAGAUUCUCUUCAGAGAAGCGGAAAAGUUGAUGGUCAGAAACUGUUAAACAACAUGCAUGAGAAACCCAGGGAUUCUGCUGAAAUAGAAACAGCUGUGGUGAAACAUGUCUUGUCAGAGCUGAAGGAGCUGUCUUACCGGUCCAUGAAUGAUGAUGCUAGUGACUCUGGUGCUCCAAAGGCCACAGUACCUUUACUUUUCUCUUCCGCCUCUGGUCAUGGUCGUUUGCCUAUUGAGCCAGAUUACAAAUUCAGCACCUUGUUAAUGAUGUUGAAGGAUAUGCAUGACAGUAAGACAAAAGAGCAGCAACUGAUGACUGGUCAAAAUAUAGUACCAUUUCGAAAUACCAGCACAGCUGAUGGUUCUGGAAGCAAUUCUACAAGUGGUCUGAAGUCCUUGUCUAUUGUAGGUCCCCCAUAUAAAAUAGAAAAAAAUGGAGAUUGUGUCCAGGAAACAGUAAAUCCAAACUCCGCUAUAAGCAACUCCUCAUAUUCACGCAAUCCUCCAACCAAGUUGAUGGGGAUUGGUACUAGUAAAAGGGAGCCCGCGAGUACUGCUGUUUCUGGGACAAACGGCACAAAUUACGUGCCCAAACGCAACUGUUCAAAAUCUAAGCAGUCAUCAAAGCUUGGAGAUAAAACAGUUUCAAACAGAAAGGACUUAAAACCAGGAGGGCCAAGUAAGUUGCUAAGUCGGUUAUCCAGAGAUUCAGGAGAACAUGCAUUCCGCGUUCAUGGUUCGGUUACCAGUCCUCUAGGUAAUGAAGCAGAAGAUGCUGGGAGAAAAGAGUCUAUUGAUUUAACAGAACAUUCAACUGAUGAAGACUCUGCUUGUUUAUCUGAUGACAAUUUAGAUCGUAUUGGAAGGAGACCUGAAGCUGGUAGAAAUAUUGAGAGCUGCACUUCUGCUGAAAAUGGGGAGAGUCCAGACUUGGAUUCAGAGGCAAAUAUACAUUCAGAGAGGAAACGCCUUAGAAAGCCAAGUAAACGGCUUCUGGAAUAUGCAGAAGAAUAUGAUCACUUAUUUGCACCCAAGAAAAAAUCAAAGAAAGGCCAGGAGCAAUUGCAUAAGGUGAAUUCUGUGGUGAGGUCUGAAUUUGAAGGAGGUCUUCCUGCACGAUGCAGUCCUGACAGAGAUACCCAGCGGGGGCCAAGUCCUUUGGUUUCAACUCCAUCUUCAACCAAAGAGUCCCCUCCCAUCCUUGAAGCAGAGUGCUCCUUCUCAGAACUAGGAUCCAAUCCUAGCGGUCAACUUCUAGAAGGAUCUUCAAGUUUUCCAGAGCUGGUGCUGUCCUCGUCGGAUGUUUCUGAAGUUUCUGCUUCUCCAGAAGCAGAAGAGAGAUUCCUGAAAUCAGGAAACUUCGAAAGCAAGCGUCAAAGGAAGCCCACUAAAAAGCUCUUGGAAUCCAAUGAUUUGGACACUGCCUUUAUGCCAAAGAAGGAUGAAUGGACUCCCCCAAAGAAGGGCACGGGCCCUUCCGAGAGCGACAGCUCUGAGCUCUACUCGCCAGCCCACUUCUCGGACCUGGGAGAAGCUUCUGAAAAGCUCUUGGAGAAGCAGCGGAAGCGGAAGAGACAGCGCCAUCCCUCUGCUGCAAUGCAUUCCAAGAAGGAGAGAAAUGAGGAAGGGCUGGGGGAGACCCCACACUCUGAGGGCGAAACAUCAGUUCAUGGGACUGCUGCAAGCCCCAAAGAGGGUAAUGAAGAGGGGUCAGAGAACGACCAUGGAGUGCCUUCAUCCAAAAAGAUGCAGGGGGAGCGUGGUGGAGGAGCAGCUCUCAAGGAGAAUGUGUGUCAGAUCUGUGAGAAGCCAGGGGAGCUGUUGCUGUGUGAGGCGCAGUGCUGUGGUGCUUUCCACCUGCAGUGCCUUGGGCUCUCCGAGAUGCCAAAGGGCAAGUUCAUCUGCAAUGAGUGUUCCACAGGGGUCCAUACCUGCUUUGUGUGCAAGAGCUGUGGGGAAGAUGUAAAACGGUGCUUGCUGCCCCUCUGUGGGAAGUAUUACCAUGAAGCGUGCAUACAGAAGUACCCGCCCACCGUCAUGCAGAACAAGGGCUUCCGAUGCUCCCUGCACAUAUGUAUGACUUGUCAUGCUGCUAACCCAGCAAACAUCUCUGCAUCUAAAGGUCGCUUGAUGCGCUGUGUGCGGUGUCCGGUUGCGUACCACUCCAACGACUUCUGCCUGGCUGCUGGGUCCGUGGUCCUCGCCUCCAACAGCAUCAUCUGCCCCAAUCACUUUACUGCACGGAGGGGCUGCCGCAACCACGAGCACGUCAAUGUCAGCUGGUGCUUUGUCUGCUCAGAAGGGGGCAGCCUUUUAUGCUGUGAGUCGUGCCCAGCUGCGUUUCACCGUGAGUGUCUAAACAUUGAGAUGCCAGAGGGAAGCUGGUAUUGUAAUGAUUGCAAGGCAGGCAAAAAGCCACACUACAAGGAAGUAGUCUGGGUGAAAGUUGGGCGAUACAGGUGGUGGCCAGCUGAGAUUUGCCAUCCUAGGACAAUUCCUGUCAACAUCCAGAAAAUGAAACAUGACAUUGGUGAGUUCCCUGUGCUGUUCUUCGGCUCCAAGGAUUACCUGUGGACCCAUCAGGCCCGUGUGUUUCCUUACAUGGAAGGUGAUGUCAGCAGCAAAGACAAGAUGGGGAAGGGCGUGGAUGGCAUAUACAAGAAAGCUCUCCAGGAGGCUGCAGUAAGAUUUGAAGAGUUGAAGGCACAGAAAGAACUGAGACAGCUUCAGGAAGACAAAAAGAAUGACAAGAAACCUCCUCCCUACAAACACAUCAAGGUGAACCGGCCGGUGGGUAAGGUGCAGAUCUUCACUGCAGACCUGUCCGAGAUACCACGGUGCAACUGCAAACCAACAGAUGAAAACCCCUGCGGCCUGGACUCCGAAUGCAUCAACCGCAUGUUGCUCUAUGAGUGCCACCCCAUGGUGUGCCCUGCUGGGGAGCGCUGCCAGAACCAGUGCUUCUCCAAGCGGCAGUAUCCCGAGGUACAAAUCUUCCGCACCUUGGCACGAGGCUGGGGCUUGCAAGCCAAAACAGACAUCAGAAAGGGUGAAUUUGUUAAUGAGUAUGUUGGGGAGCUAAUUGAUGAGGAGGAGUGUCGAGCCCGAAUCCGCUAUGCUCAGGAGCAUGACAUCACCAAUUUCUACAUGUUGACACUGGAUAAGGAUCGAAUCAUUGAUGCUGGGCCAAAGGGCAAUUAUGCUCGGUUCAUGAACCAUUGCUGCCAGCCAAACUGUGAGACUCAGAAAUGGUGUGUGAACGGCGAUACUCGGGUGGGGCUCUUCGCAAUUGUAAAUAUCAAAGCUGGGACUGAGCUGACUUUCAACUACAAUCUGGAGUGUUUGGGAAAUGGAAAGACCGUUUGUAAAUGUGGUGCCCCAAACUGCAGUGGCUUCCUAGGAGUAAGGCCAAAGAGCCAACCCAACCUCACCGAGGAAAAGUCCAAGAAGCUAAAGAGACGGCCGCAGAUGAAGCGCAGGUCGCAGGCGGAGGUGAUGAAGGAGAGAGAGGAUGAGUGUUUCAGCUGUGGAGACGGAGGGCAGCUAGUUUCUUGUAAGAAGCCAGGCUGCCCCAAGGUGUACCACGCGGACUGCCUCAACCUGACCAAGAGACCUGCAGGAAAAUGGGAGUGCCCAUGGCAUCAGUGUGAUGUGUGUGGUAAGGAAGCAGCUUCCUUCUGCGAGAUGUGCCCCAGGUCCUUCUGCAAGCAGCACCGGGAAGGCAUGCUCUUCAUCUCCAAGCUGGAUGGACGUUUAUGCUGCACAGAGCAUGAUCCCUGUGGGCCUAACCCUCUAGAGCCAGGAGAAAUUCGUGAGUAUGUGCCUUCCAUAGGAGCCCUGGCUAACGGCGAGGACACCCAGCCACCUGAGCAGCCACCUGCAGACACAGACCUGAGCGUUGAGCCUGUGGACAGCUUACCUCAGCCUGUGGCCCUCAGACUGCAGUCACCAGAAAAGCCCCCUGCUACCCUAGCACUGAGGCUGCCGCCGUCAGACAAGCCCCCCACCACCGUAGCCCUGAGGUUGCAGCCGUCAAACAAGCCCCCCACCACCCUGGCCCUCAGGCUGCCUCCGCCAGACAAACCGCCAGCCACCCUGGCGCUGAGACUGCCACCAUCAAAUAAACCCCCCACCACCUUGUCACUGAGGCUGAAGCCAUCCAACAAACCCCCCACCACCCUCUCGCUUCGGUUGCAGCCUUCAGACAAACCUCCCACCACCCUGUCGCUCCGCCUGCAGCCGUCAGACAGGCCCCAGGCUGCCCUGUCCCUAAGGCUGCAGUCAGAGAAGCAACCCAUCAUCGUAGCGCUGAGGCCUCAGGAGCCUGACAAACCUCCCACCAACGCGGUGCUGUGGCCACUGGAUGAGUCCUCCAGUGAUGCCUCACAGCCUCAUCUGUCGAGCAAAUCUCCUCCAGGAACUCCACACUCCUUGGACGAGUCGCUUGUUACUGCUGGUGCCCUGCAGCUCCAGCUGUCUGAUGAGUCUCCUGCUGACCCCGGGGUCUUGGGGUUAUUGGACAAGUCCCUCAUUGACACCAGGACCCAGCAGCCUGAGCUGCUGGAUGAAUUCCCAACGAAAUGCCUGCAUCCUCAACUGUCAGACAGACUUCUUGCUGUAGCAGGGACCCUGCAGUCCCAGACAGUGGAAGAGCCUCUUGUGGCCGAUCAGCCUCAGCCAUCAGACAGAGCUUCUGCCCAGAGCCCACAGCUUCGGUCUGUGGAAGAGGCUCCCAGCUCCUUGGUGCCGCAGGUCCCAGCAUCAGAGAUGGCUCCUGGUCCUGGGGUGCUGUGGCCUCUGCCCCUUGAAAACGUCCCCAGCUCCCUGGUCUCGCGGAUCCUGCCCAUGGAGAAGGCUUCUGGAUCAGCUGUGUCACGGCCCCCACCUCCAGAGAAGGCUUCCUUCUCCGGGGCAGUGCGGGUCCCAGCCAUGGAGAACGCUCCAAGCCCUGGGACACCCCGUAUCCUGCCUCUGGAGAAGGCUCCUGCCUCAGGGAUGUCACGGAUCUUGUCCGCAGAGAAGGCUCCCAGCUUAGGGGCACCGCGGCCCCUGCCUCCAGAGAAGGCUCCUGGCUCCCGGUCACCGCAUGUCCUGCCCAUGGAGAAGGCCCUUGGCUCAGGGGCCCUGCGGAUCCCGCUCACACAGAAGGCGCUCACUCCCGGGGUGCUGCGAUCCCUGCCUCCGGAGAAGGGUGCUGACUCUGGGGCCCUGCGGGUCCUGCCUCCAGAGAAGGCUCUUGGCUCUGGAGUAGCUCGGCCUCAGCUCUUGGAGAGGCCCCUCACUCUCACAGCCCCGUGGCCUCAGCCAUCGGACAAGCUGGCAGCUGCUGUGGCUCCUCGGCCUCAAGCCUUGGACAAGCCUCCAGCCGUGUCAGCUCCGAGGCUGUUGCUGUCGGAGAAGGCACUGCGGCCUGUCGACCAGAACGCGCAGCCGAAGGAGAGAGGAGCCCCAGUUGUGGAGCUGAGUCCCCAGCAGAAAGAGAGGACCAUGUUAGCUGGCGAGCAAAUCUCUUGGUCUGCUGGGAAAGUGGUGACACAUGUCGGACAGGUACCUUGGCCUACGGAGAAACUACAGACACAUGAGCAGACCCACUGGCCCACUGCAAAAGCCCUGACUCUUGCAGAGCAGCCUCUCCGGACAGCAGAGAAACUACCAGAGCAGACCCUUCAGCCCAGCUGGGAAGUGGCCUCAGCCCCUGCAGAGCAAACCCCUUGGACAUCAGAGAGAUUGCGUGCGUUUGAGCAGACCCCUCGGCCAGCCAGGGAAGCACCGGUGCCCCCAGAGCAGAUGCAGUGGCUUGUCACGAACAUUCAGACAAUUGACCAGAUUCCUUGGCUGAGUGGAAAAGCACAGACUCCUCGGGGGCAGGACCCUUUGCCUGAACAAAACACAGCGCUAGCCCGUAACCAGGAUUCUGUCUGUCGUGAGUUGGCCGACUCAGAGCCAAAGUGAGGUUGGUGAAUAUGGGAGGCAGGUUUCAGUCUUUUAAUGUUUAGGGAGGGGGAAUCUUCUUUUUUUUUUUUUUUUUUUUUUUUUUUUUUUUUUUUUUUUUAAUUCACUUCCCUGAGCCCAGCCCCUAACCCAUGCACAUCCCAUCCAUAUUCUCUCGUGACAUGAGCAAGGACAUUCAUUUCAGUCUGAGUGUGGUCCAGCCAAAGGGAGAGAGCAUCCGUGACCUUUUCCUCUUCCUUUUACAAAUGGUAAAGCUGAAAUAAAGACUCCACUCUGGGUAAAAAUCUCCAAUUCCAUUGAAAUGGUCACAUUACUUGAUCCAGCGUGUUCGAGCUCCAGGUCUGAUUUGUAGCUGGGUUCCCAGGUACAGCUAGGGGCCUUGCUCUUUUUACUGUAUUUAGAGGAAGCAGAUCAGUCAGGCUGCCCUGGGACUGGAGAUGUUUAGGGAUCAGGCGGUGAGCAGUCAGGUGUACGCCCUUGCUGGACUGUCUAGAAGCAGGGAAGGGGGUUAUCUGUCAUCUGCCCAGGUCUCUGUCCCUGCAGGAUGUUGCUUUGCGAGGUUUGUCCAUAUGUUCACUGGGACGUGCUGCGUGUGUGGUUCACUGAAGGACAGGUAUCAUCUCCAGCUGAGCUGGGAGAGGAGCCCGCUGCACUUGCUCAGUGCAGUUUUCUCCAGCAAUAGACAAUAUCUAUUCAGGCUCCUUUGUAUAAAGCUGUGACUGGCUAGGCCUGAUAAACGGGGAAUCUGAAGGAGGUCAGGGCAAAAAGAGAUCUUGGAAGAAGCCAUCUGGCAGUUUUUUCAUUCUUGUGUCUUAAUCCUUUAGCACAGGAUAUGUAGAGUGUUUCCUGCACUUGAAAACAUUGUGACCUAUAAAGCAGCAAUAGCAGAGUAGGGCAGAGUGGGUUUUCCGCAAGGUGCUGAGCACCACCCUGGCAGGGUGGUGGUUCUCCCUCUCAAAGUUCCAUCCACUCUCUCUUGACCUCUGUCGUCACGGUGAGCCAGCAGACUGAACAGACUUUUCUCCCCUUGCCUCAGAGGUGUUCAGGACAUGGUCGCACCACGCCUGCUCUUCCCAGCAGCAGGAUGCGCUGCCGAGCUGCACGUGAAGCCUGUACCGUUCUCUACACAGCGCAGAGGCAAGGGUGCCGUAGCUGUUAUCAGGACCCAUCUUGACACCUUCCCCUUGGGUAGCUUCUGGCUUAACUCUUCUACAACCAAAGGAGACUUGAAUUAACUGGACUGUGUUGGAGUGUGUGUGUGUGUGUGUGUGUGCGUGCGCAUGUGUGUCCUUCCAACUGAAAAGUAGUUCUCACACUGGAACACGGUGGGCUCCGGCAGCUGGCUGGCUUUCUUUUUUCCUCUUCUCCCUUUUCCAGUUAAGGAGAUGUUUAGUACCUGGUGGUCAUCAGUCUGGUGUCCAGACUAGGCCUGCUGAAAGGUGUUUGCUCAAGCAUUGAGGCAGAAGUUCAGUUGGCUAUGGUACUGGUGGAGCGAGUGGUAGAGUCCCAGGGACCUGCAGAGUGGCAUCUUGUGACCCCUGGCACCCUCGCAGGCAGGAGGACAGGCCUCCCUGGGCGGCACUGCUCGGCCCGGAUGGGGUCGGCAUCCUGCUGAGGAAGCACUGCUGACCAGCACUCUCCCACUCUCACAACACGUUACCUCUGUGGUUUGCCUGAGCUUGGCUGAUCCAGGUGCCUCAGCCGCGGAUCUCCGUGCCCGCCCCCAGUCCCACGCGCAGCUCCAGUGUAUCCCUCUCCUUCCAGGCAGACCCGUAGGUCCCUCCCCAGAAAGGGAGCGUGCCGCUCCAGGCUGACCCUCUCCCUCCAGUGUGGGGGCAGGUCCUUGUUCCCACCUGGCUUGCAAGUGCUUCCAGAGCAGACAGUCAUGAGCUUUGCAAUUUUCUAUGAAGGGAGGCAGACACUUGUACCAAGACAAAUCCCGAUCCAUCUCCUUUCCUGAUGUAUGCACCCCAAGACAACAUCCUGCUGUAAAGGCUGGGUGUGCUGGGCACAAGGGGACGUUACCAGUGCUAUGGUGCAUCUCUUCUCUAGUCCGAAUCAUUUCAGAUCCUUUGUAGAAUAGCUAGUGACUUCAAAAAGCUUUAUGGCUUAUGGAAACUUACUGUUUAAUGUUUUUUUCCGGGAAGACUGGCAGGUUAGUUCCUGCUUGUUGCUGAAACUGGGGAAAUGCAAGCAGCUUGCGUUUCUGCGUGACUCCUGCAAAAAGGGAAUCGGGACAACUCCUCAGAGCCAUUGAGAGAGAAGAUGAUCUAAGGGCAUUCAUUAACUUUUUUAAACAAAAUUUAAAAAAAAACGGUAAUGACGUUCAGUAUAUUAAGUAUUUAUCAUGUGUGAGAAUGAAAAUAAAUCUUGAAUUUACAUUUAUAGGCCUUCCCAUGAGCUGGACUUAGUCAUGUAGAUUGUGUAAGUAGGGUUACCUCCGUGCCAGCCACCCAGCCAGCUACAGCUAUAACCAGAAAGGUAUCUGCACUGCUCUGUCCACCUCCGCUUCGCAUUGUCACGUGUUAACUAGUUAUUUGUUUCAUGAAAAAAUAAACUGUGAAUAUUUUUGGUGCAGGCUUUUUUAAAUCUGUAAAAUGGAGAAGUUCUCAAUGAAUUCUCAUAAGUGCAGGUUUGAAAAAAAUAACUUCAUUAAAUUGUGUGCUCACAUUGUAGGGUGAGGUUCACGGCAGCAGCAGCCUUUCAUGCAGCAGGCUCUUAGCCAAAAGCUUGUUUUGAACAGUAAACGUGGAUUGAACUGUUGCAUGGCAUUUCAGACCCACAGCCUUAUUCCUCCAUACCCCACGUCUCUUGUCUCCCUUCAUGCCUUUUCCAUGAGGAUCCAGGUUUCACGCUUGCUACCUUCUAGCUACUGUCAGAAAGUUGACUUCAGUGUAACUGGGAGGCUGCUCAGUAAAAUUGGCGUUUGGAAACUUCAUUGAAGGAGGAAGCCAGGAAGCUGCUUUUUCCUCCUUGCCCUCCCUGGGCGAUGCUCUGUCAGAUCAGGUUGGCUUUUUCAGGCACGCGGGGCUUGUGGAGGCAGUAGUGGUUCUGUUAGGAAUGACAGGCUGCUGGGUCACAUCAACAAGAUGGGCAAGGCCUGACCAGGUGUGGAGAUAGGUCCUGGCAGCCCUACCCUGCCCCACCUGCCUUCAUCCACAGGGAGCGUGAGCAUGGGAAGAGAAACAGCUCCAGGCAACAAACCCCUCAUGAAGGAAAUGUGGGCUUCUUCAGCACUUGAGGUUACUUGCUGUUGGUGGUGGCUGGUAGCACUGCCAUGGAGGAGAGGGAGAUGUCUGUACUGAAGUAGUUGGGUUCAUUUUUUGCAGUUCAUUACUGUCUUUGGAGCUUAGCCAGUUUGAAUCACUGAGGUUUGUUAAGGUAGAGGAAAGCAGCAGAUAACAUACCCCUGGCUGACCGCUCCUGUAGAAGAGAGACUGCUGCAGCCCUGCUCUGACUUCUGCGAGACCUUGUGCUGGGCUUGUCCAGCUUUGCUGCAGCUCUCUGGCCAAGGUCAUGGUGCUUUUUUGAUGGGUUGGAGGGGUCUGAUCACUCGGCUGCUAACAGUCUCAGGUCAGCUCUAACUGCACCCAAGGUGGGUGAGAGGUGACUCCUGUGUUUAUUCACUGUUGUGUGGAGAGUUGUAGAAGCAGUAUCAAGGGUGUCGUCAUUUCUGCUUAGAGCUGUGUCCGUUUCCCUGCUGUCUCAGAGAGGCUCACAGGAACUUCCCAGUUUCAUGAGCCCAUUCCUGCUUGUAGGAAUGGUUCUCCUUCCCAGUUCUGGAGGGGAAGUGAAGGAUUUGCUCCCAUACAAAUGCUUCGCUGGUCAACUCUUGCUGUCAGGGUAGCCUGGCUGCCCCUGCUCCAAGCAGUGGCUUGGGGUCCCUGGCUGUGACCUCUGUCCUGCAGCAGGACCCGCUUCAGUGGUGGAGUUCCAUGGUGGGCAGGAGAGUUCCAGUUGAUCUUUGGUGAUGGAGGAGCUCUGGUGAGGGUGAUGGUGUGGUCAGGGACUUUCAUGGGCAUGUCCUGCCUGCCCAGGCAGGAGAGGAGGAGCCACUGCAGGGCCCGUGGGACGCAUGGGCAGGAGGGAAGCAAGCACAGGCCACUGUCCUGCGUGGCUUGUCCCAUCUGCACCAGCUCACAGGGCUGGUGCCUGCUAUCAGUCAGGGCUCUGGUGAAUCUAGCAAAGUGGCCACUGUAAGGGAUAGUCAAUCCCCUACUGCACAUCUUCAGAUACUAACUAGCUCAUGGUAGCUUGCUUUAUUGCUAUUCUCAAGUUAAAACUUUUCCUAUUUAACAAAAAAACCCACAAGAACAAGAUUCACUCCACAAUGCACAAAGUAUCCAGGUGGUACUGUGGGAGCAUGCAUUGUAAUUCAGGGUUAAACCCUGCACAGGCUUCGCUUUGAAGGUGUGGUUGUUACUAAAAUUGAGGAGAUGAGAUAAUUGAAUCUAAAGGACAGUAAGGGGAGACAAUGUGGAUUGAGUGUGCUAGAAGAGCUUCAGCUCAAUUUUACAGAAAAAAAUGAAGAAAAAGGAAGAAAAA